UUCUCAUUCUUAAAGUCAUACAUUAUAUAAGUGUUUAGAUAAGUGUUUGAAUUUUUUUUAUAUGUGUUUUUUAGUGGAGGAUGGAGAGAAUCGGGAGGGAGGCAUUGAUGGAUAUGGAGACAGGCAGAGAGCUGAAAACAGAUCUGCAAAAGACCUGGAAGCCAGGAAAGAGUGUUGAUGUCAGCAGGGAAAAAGUGAGCUACCUUAAGAUGGAGAGCAAGAGGGAAGAACUGACAGAGUCAAACUGGUUCAUCCAAUUGGAGAACUUGGGAGAUAUGGGUAGACUGAGAGACAUUGAAAAACAUCAAGAAAGAAUGAGAGAGAUCGAGAGACGCACUGACAUUGCAAGACAUGAAAUUAGAGAGUCGGAAAAACUGAGACAGAAACAGAGGCAGAUGAAACAUGGGGAGGAGAUGUUAAACAUGAAAAGAGACUUUUAUGAGAGACAGAGCAUAAUCGAGAGACGACUAGAGGAAAAAAUAAGACGAAUGGAAGAGAGAGAAAGAGAGAGGGUGAUGAAAAAAGAAUGGGAAGAAAGUCAGCAUCAGGAGUCGCAGACAGGAGUCAAAGACACGGAGCACAGGUUUCCUAAGGAGAGACAAAUAGAGGAAAAGAGACACGAAGAAAGUCUGAUUCGGCUUGAAAGUAGAUGCCAACAGGAGUGGGAAGAGAAGAUACUGGAAUUGGAGCGUGAACUAGUGAUAAAGGAAGAGAUGUCAAAGAAGAGAGAGGAGCAAUUGUUGAGACAGCUUGAACAGGAACACCAGACUAAAGUGGGGGGAGUUAGAAAGACAUGGACAGAAAUGGAGAGAAACACAACUAUGAAAAGCCUGACAGGAACACACAUGGUGAGAGACCUCGAUCUACAAGGAGGUGGAAGGCAUCAGACAGAAGAAAAUGACUCUGAAAGAGAGUUAUAUGAAAGACAGAUAGCUAUGAGGAAACAAGAGAUGAUUGAGCGUGAGAGAGACAUUUUAAGCGAUAAAGAGAGACGGCUUCAGAUGGAGGAACAGCUUAAGAAAAUGGAGAGGAAAUUUGAGAUGGAGAGAGAGAUGGAGCGAAAGAGUCAUGAGGAAAGAUGGAUGAAAAUUGAGGAGAAACAAAAGGAAUGGGAGAAGAGGACCAGAGAGUUAGAGGGAAAGCUGGAGGAAGAGAGACAGGCAGCACAGAAAAGAGAACAAGAGUUGCUGAAGGACAUAGAAGAGGAAGAAACAGCAAAAGAGUCAGAGCUGAUGAAAAUGGAAAAGCAGAAGGAGACUGGGGUGGAGGAAAAAAGAACAACUGGUGUGGAGAAACUGAUAAACAGAGGAAAGGAAUGGAUGAGAGAAAUCAAACAAAAAGUAGAGAAAAAGAAAGAUGUUGUUGAGGCCAGGUUGCAAGAUGGAGAGGGAUUUGUGGAUGAACAAGAAGUAAAAGACAAAGACAGUGAAAAAGAUGGAAAAAGUAUGGCAGAGCUGGAGAAACCAGUCAAGGGAAUAGAAUGGUUGAGAGAAUUCAGAUUAAAAGAGGAGAAAAUGUAUGAUCCAGGACAAGAGAUACUAGUGGAGGAAGAAAGACAAGAAAGAAAGACAAGGAACUGUGGGCAAAUGGAAGCGAGGAGGGAGGUGGAAAAGAAACAAGAGGAAUUGGUAGAUGGAGAAAUGGGUCAAAAGAGAAGUGAGAAAAGAUUGAGUGAUAUUAAGAAGAAGCGUCAGAAAGCAGAAGAAAUGCUGAGGAAACCAAGUGAAAUAAAGAUGGAAGGAAAAACUAGCACUGAUAAAGAAGAAAAAAUAAUGACAGUUAUGAAGACAUUGGAAACUACAAAGACAAAUACCCUUAAAACUAAAGGGAUGGAAUGGCUGGAAGAAGUUAGGCAAGACAGUAGAGAGAGGGUGAGUGAGAGAAAAAUGGAAGGAAAACAGUUGGAGAGAGAGACACAAUUUGAUAACUGGUUUGGAGAAAUAGACCGGAAGUUUGAAAAGGAGAGAGAAAUGGAGCAAAAGCGAAGUGAAGAAAGGUGGAGUGAGCUUAGGAGCAAUCAAAGGAGGCGGGUGGAAAACACACACGAAUUACAUAAAAAGAAUGAGAAAGAAAUUAAAGGACAUGAGCUGGUGAAUCAGACUGAGGUUGACCAGAAAACCAAUGAGGAGAGACCAGUUGACAUGGAAAAAAGAAUAAUCGGGAUGGAGAUAAAGCCAGCUUACAAAAAAAUGUCAUGGCAGGAUGACAUUAAGCAGAAUAUGAAGAAGGUGAAAGAUUCAGACAAAGACUUCCAUGAGACAUGUGGAAUCAUGGAUGACAAAAGAAAUGAUGAAAAGAGGGUUAUCAUAAAUAGGAGGCAGAGGGAGGGGGAGAGUAAAGAUGAGGCAAAACAAGUAAAGAAAGAGGAAUUGCUGGAUGAUUGGUUUGGAGAAAAGGAGCACAAGACAACUGAUGAAACAUUACGAGAACUUAGAGAGAAACGUCAGAAGAGGUUGGAGGAGAAGACACAAGAGAUGGAGAAGAAAAAGGAAAAAGAAAGAGAGAUGGUAAAGAAGCAACUGGCUAGACAAAGAGAGGUGGAGCAAAAAGCUAAAAUUAUCAGAGAGCUGUUAACCGACACUCAGGGAGACACUGAGGAGAAAGAAAAAGGCCAAAAAAUUGAGAGACAGGAAAUGAUGGAGAAUGGCAUAAAGAAUCGGAGGGGCAGAGAGAUUUCGGGGGAUGAAGAUUGCAGGAGAAAGGAACAACUGACAGAAGGAAAUGGCAGCUCAAGGUAUGGAUCAAGUGGAGACGGAAUGGAUGUAAAGAUAGAAAUGCAACAGGAGAUGGAUAUACAUAUCGAAGAAAGAAAGUGGAAAAGUCCUCAAACCAAACUUGAGGAACAGACAUUGGAGUCACAGAAGCAACUAAAGAAUGAGAGAGGCAUUCUGAUGAAAAAAGAUAUCCAGCUGGUGCAACAGUGUGACAGUGGGAUAAAGCAUCACAGAGAAGACAAAGGCAAGUCACAGGAAGACAAGAAAAAGCCCAAGGAAGAAGCAAAGGAGUCGAGCCCAAAUGACAAAAUGAGAGAAGAGGUCAUGUCCAGGAGACAGAGACUGACUCAGAACAGUGCCACAACUGAGGUGGUUGAGACUCCCAUGAAAUACAAAAUGGAGAGAACUAUAGAGUUGCAAACUGACGAGAGGGAGCUAAUACACAAUCCAGCGGGAUGGCAGAAACAGUCAAGUGUUCUGGAGAUAACGAGAGAGAAAGAGAGUGAAAGACAGAGAGAGCUGGAAAGGGAAUGGGAUAAAUGGGAAGAAAAUGCCAACCAGGAAAGAGAGAGGCAGCGGAAAGAGAGAGAGGAGCAAGAGAGGGAGAGGCAGAAAGAGAAGGAAAAACAUCUUGAAAUUCAAAAACAGAAAGAGCUGGAACAACAGAAGAAGUGGGAGACAGACAUAAAACAAAAGGAAGAUAUGGAAAGGCAGAGAGCCCAGGAGGAAGUCAGCCCGGAGCAACGACAGGAAGAGGACAGAGCCAAGAUGGUAUUGAAGACACACAUGCAGAACAUUGAGAAACCCACAAAGGUUACUGGACAGCGACUGGUGUGUCAAACUGAUGAAAUUGAGAAAGUAAGGAAUAACCUUCUCAGAAAGGAAAGUAAGUUGUGUCACUCGACCAUUCAGGCUACUUGUCAUCGAAAGCCUAGAAUCAUCCAUGUGAAGUCAUUUAUACAGACUGAUACUGACCAGAGACCUAACCCAGCAGAAUCUCUGCCUGAUAGCGAACCGACAUCAACCACUGAUGACCUCAAACCUAUCCAUCAGGUUAUAGAUUCCAAGCAAGAUGAAAACAACACUAUGAUUCCAAGCAAAGAGGGACCUAGUGGUGACCCCAAUUUCUGUCAGGUGCUAGAUAUAGAACUUGAGGAUGAUGAUAGUGGCAUUAUACCUUUAACAGGGAGUGUUAUUCCAAAGUCAGAAGUGGAGUCUUGUUAUAAGAGUGACUCUGAUGAGAGUGUGUCUGAAAAGGCCAAGAGACUUGAGAUUGAAAAACUCAAGAAAGGCAAUGUGGCCUUCAUGCCAUUGGAGAAGGAGGAUGAACACCAGGGGACCACAGAACAGCAACUACCCCAGGCCAGUGUGGAUCACUUUAAGGCACAGAGUUAUGACCCAGAUAUGAGACGUGAGGGGGGGGAGGAUGAGGAGGAGAUGAAUGAGGAGCAGGUUGAGAAUACAUCGUCCUGUCUGGAUGACACGGACUCACAGAAAGAGCUUCCAGAUGCCACUGAGCAUAAUGAGACGGGGAUGGAGGGUAACAGUGAGAAGAAGGACAAGAGUGUGAGGAGGAGGCUUUUUCGAUGGGUUAAUGAUAAAGCAAAAAACUACUACAGCGACAAAAUCGUCAGGACAAUUAUGAGAGAAGAGGAGGAGGGGAAAAGCGUUUACCAGCCAUGGUAUAUGGCCUUCCCAACGCCCCGAGCAGAGAGAGAGCAGGAAAAGAGGAGGGCAUUACUGAAGGCAGAGGACAGACGGCAAAGAAUGGAAGAGUCCUGGCAGAAGCGGGAGGCCAAAAGGGCUGUGAAAAAGGAGAAGAGGAAGAUUGAAAAGCAAGAAUGGCAGAGGGAGUGGACGAAAGCGAUGUCCCUUUAUUAUGGUUUUCCGGGGGCAACGUUGGAAGUCUCAGUAUGUCAGUGA